CUCAUUCUCUCUCUCUCUCAAACGAAAAAAAGAUCCAUUAUAUAUACAUAUGUGUGUAUAUAUAUUUCAGAUAUUUAUAACGAGAACAAGAUGAAAAGAAACUGUAAUUUGGAGCUUCCUCUUGUAACGAUGCCUUCUGUCUUUUCCGAUUCAUCUGCUCACGAACAUAGCUACCAGUUCUACAAUAUGUUGAAUAUGGAAGAUGAUCAGAGUCCAAACCAGAAGCAGAAGCAGCAUCAGCUGACUGUUUUCUACAAUGGAAGAAUUGCUGCUUCUGAUGUCACUGAAUUUCAGCAGGCCAGAGCAAUAAUAUUGUUAGCAAGUGGAGAAAUGGAAGAUGAAAAAAGAAGUGCAAUACCAACAAGUGGUCUUUCUAUGAAGAGAUCACUGCAAAGAUUCCUUGAGAAGAGGAAGACUAGGCUCCAGUGCACCUCCCCUUACCCUAUUACUACCCUUCACAAAUAGAAUUUUAUUACCUUAUUAUUACUAUUUAAUACUCUUUUUUUUUUUUCCCUUCUAAUAUAUAUUUCUCAUCAGCAAGAAAAUUAUUUAUGUUAGAGAGAAUCCUUUUUUUUUUUUUUAUUAUUCUUUAAUGCUGUAGUUCAGUCAGUGGUGUAAAUUACAGUCCUUGGUAUGAAUUAUAUUUUCACCAAUCUUGAUUUAUUAGAAACCUGUGUAUUGGACAAGAAGACAUUCCUUUGGCU